UUCUGUCCAAACUCGAGCGCGAGGAGAACACAGCCUCUGCACUGCUCAGCUUCACACGGACACUAAAAUGCAUCUUCUGCCUUAUGCUAAGAAAAACAGUAGAGAUUUCCAACGGGAUAUAAAACGCUGCAUCAUGUUUUGGGAUAAACUGAAGUCUGAGCAUUAAAUAUUGUUAUUACAUUUCAUCAAGUGUCGUGUUGACUGAAAUCCGCGCGAGUGUUAGGAAUAUCACUGACAGGUGCUGAAAAUGGCAACCAAAUACCUGAUGCUUAUUGCUUUGGGGACUGCAGUGAUUGGCAGUGCGCACAGUUGCCCUGAGCAGUGCAAAUGCUCUGAUAAAUCAAACCACCAGUUUACAGAUUGUGCCUACAAAGAACUUCUGGAAGUGCCCGUGGGCUUGCCAUCCAAUGUGACCACCCUGAGUCUUUCAGCGAACAAGAUUACAGUGCUGAAACCCAAAAACUUUAUAAAUGUGAUCCAGGUGACCUCUCUUUGGUUGGCUCACAAUGAAAUCGUCACCAUUGAGAGGGGCACCUUUGCUCCAUUGAUUCAACUGAAAAAUUUGGAUAUUAGCUACAACAAAAUCGUGUAUUUUCCAUGGGAGGACUUGACCAAUCUCACUGCCCUGCAGUUGUUGAAGAUGAACAAUAAUGAGAUGGUCAGUAUCCCCAAGGAUACUUUUGCCAACCUGAAGGAACUGCGUUCGGUCCGUAUUAACAAUAACAAGUUUACCACCAUCGUGCAAGGAACGUUUGAUGCUUUGGUUGCGAUGUCUCACCUUCAAAUCUUCCAAAACCCCUUCACCUGCUCCUGCAACCUUGAGUGGCUCAGGGACUGGAUCAGCAAAUCCUCAAUCUCCAUCCCUGAGCAAAACAACAUUGUCUGCGAUGCUCCUUCCCACCUCAGAGGUACUCAGGUCACUAGCAUGCCCAAACUGGACUGCAAGGCCCCAUCAGUGUCCAUCACAUAUCAGCCAAACAUCGAAAAAACUGAACUCUAUGAGGGAUAUAUGGUCAUGCUUUACUGCGAAACAAAAGGAACCCCUAAACCUGAGGCCACAUGGGAGAUAUACACUGGAAACCAACUAAUUACAUUCUCUUUGCCGGCUGUUGUUGAAAAAAUUGAGAUUCCGAUUAACGGACCACCUACGAACGCCAGGUUCCUUGUGUUUCAAAAUGGCACCUUAAUCAUCCCUCGCAUAAGCAAGAAAGAAGAUGGAAACUACACAUGCUCUGCUGUCAAUGACAUGGGGAGAGCCGAGCGCACGGUGAGACUUGUUGUGGCAGGCACCAAAAAGCAUGCCAUCAAUUCCAUGCUGGACCCAAAAGUAUCCAGCCAUUUACCAGAAGACAAACUUGGUUCAAAAGGCUCCAAAAACAGCGUUAUUAGCAUGUGGCCCAAAUCUGAGGAGAAGACAAAGAGCCUUCCAACCGGAACAUCGCUCAUUACAGUGGAUAAAGAGCAAGUGGAAGAAGGCACCGAUACUUUGCCAUUUGUUGGCAAAUGCGGAAUGAAUGAUGGCACACAGUACAUCUCCAACCAUGCUUUUAACCUCAGCUUGGAUGAACUCAAACAGUACACGUUUGAUUUCGGAGUUAUUGCUUUGGAAGUUUCAGAAACUGAGGCCAAAGUUCAGCUGAACCCUUUCCAGAUGGCCAACGCGAAGUCCAACAUUCACCUCAGCCAACAACAAGACCUCCAAACUGUGAAUAAAGAGCCUUUUAGUCUUUUCCAGACAUCCACCAAAAAGUCACCCCUGGACAUGUUGUACCUUUGCGUCGGUACUGGCAAUGGACAUUCGGUGGUGCAGUGGUCCAAGAUAGAGGAGGGCGUCAACGCCUAUCGCUUCCAGGGCCUCAAGCCAGGAACUAAUUAUACCCUGUGCCUCACCUAUGGGGGCCAGGACUGUCAAGUCCAAGUGGUCUUCACAACUAGAAAGAAAAUCCCAUCUUUGCUAAUUAUAGUGGUCGUUAGUAUUUUUUUGCUAGCUCUGGCAACCGUUCCCCUGCUGGGUGCCACCUGCUGCCAUUUGCUCUACAAGUAUCAAGGCAAGACAUACAAGUUGAUCAUGAAGACUCAAAACCCAGAUCAGAUGGAAAAGCAAAUAGCGACAGAUUUCGACCCCAGGGCGUCUUUUGUGGGAUCCGAGAAGAACUUCAACCCGAGUGAGCUGGAAGAGGGAGAAGGCGAGGCUGAUGGCGAGGAGGGGGACGGAGAAGGUGAGGACGUCGAGGGAAGCGUGGUAACCGAGUCCAUUCCCGAGUCACAAUCCAAAACGCAGGAGGAGUUUGAGGUCGGAUCCGAGUACAGCGAUCGGUUGCCGCUUGGGGCUGAGGCGGUAAACAUAUCUGCCGAGAUCAACGGUAAUUACAACCAACCCCGUUGAGAUGUUUGUUGUUCGUUUGCUCUGAAACGCAAUACAAACCAGGUGAACACGGACUGUCAACUCACGUGAUACAGACACGCGCUGAAAUAAAAACGCGCGCUUAUUUUUACCUCAGCAAGUUAGCAGUAAGUGCAUACGAUGAGUGUUCAAUAUUACAAAUAGGGUUUUUGAGAUUUAUCGAGUGGACUGGACUUAAAUGGACAAAUAUAUCUUUAAAAAACCUCAUAAAAAAUUCCGUAAGUCUUGUCACUUUAGCAUAAUCGUAAACGUACAUUGUCUCAAGUAGCAUCCAUUUUAAGUCAUCGAAGUAAGCGUUACUGUAUAGUGGGCAUCGAGCGCUUCUGAGGAGAAAAAAAAAUCACCGUUACUCUUUUCACAGCAUGUGUGUGUCUGGAAAACCUGCCAGAUCACCUUGAAAAAAAAGUUUGUUAAGUGUAAUGUGGGAUCCCAAAAUGUGUGAUUUUUAAUCUCUUUGCGAACGGGUGCUUUAAAAAUAUCUCUCGCCUUUAUGAACUGACUGAACGUGUCCUUUCUUCUCUUUGAGAUAGCCUACUUGUUCGUGGCAUGUCACACAAAAGUAUUUUCAAGUGUGUUUUAUUAGGAUACUAUAGACUGUAGAUAUUAAAUGUCGAGUGUCGAGAUUAAGUGUAACCUGAGAAGAUGUUCUCUCUUUUUUUAUAUAAGCAUUAAUGGUCCGUUUUUACCAUCAGUCAAAACGACAUCGAGAGUCCAGUAAAUUGACGCAUAGUGGCUUGUUUCGUGUCCAACUGUCCAAUGAUGUUGUAAAAAUACUCAAACCUUUUAAAGAUUUUGAUAUGAUUUUAUGUACGUGACCUUAAUAAAAUAUGGA